UCAGUAUGUUUAUCAUGUGCACCAUCCUCACCAACUGCGUGUUCAUGGCCCAACACGAGCCCCCGGGAUGGACCAAGUAUGUCGAGUACACUUUCACCGCCAUUUAUACCUUUGAGUCAUUGGUAAAAAUACUGGCACGAGGAUUCUGUCUAAACGCGUUCACCUUUCUCCGAGACCCCUGGAACUGGCUAGAUUUCAGCGUGAUUGUCAUGGCAUACACCACUGAGUUUGUGGACCUGGGCAAUGUCUCAGCCUUGCGAACCUUCCGCGUCCUCCGGGCCCUGAAAACUAUAUCGGUCAUUUCAGGCCUGAAGACCAUCGUGGGGGCCUUGAUUCAGUCCGUCAAGAAGCUCGCCGACGUGAUGGUCCUCACUGUGUUCUGCCUAAGUGUCUUUGCCCUCAUAGGUCUCCAGCUCUUCAUGGGCAAUUUACGGAAUAAAUGUGUCCGCAACUUCACCAUCGUCAAUGGCACAAACGGCACUGUGGUGUCCGACGACAAAAUCUGGGAGUCGGUGGAGACGUACAUCAGCAGCCCAGAGAACUACUUGCUGAAGAACGGAACCUCGGACGUGCUGCUGUGUGGGAACAGCACCGACGCAGGGUCCUGUCCAGAAGGUUACCUCUGUCUGAAGGCUGGAGAAAACCCUGAUCAUGGCUACACGAGCUUUGACUCUUUUGGCUGGGCCUUCCUCGCUCUGUUCCGCUUGAUGACUCAAGACUGCUGGGAGCGUCUCUACCAGCAGACACUGAGGUCUGCUGGAAAGAUCUACAUGAUCUUCUUCAUGCUGGUCAUCUUCUUGGGCUCCUUCUACCUGGUGAACCUGAUUCUGGCCGUAGUAGCCAUGGCCUAUGAGGAGCAGAACCAGGCCACAAUUGCUGAGACUGAGGAGAAGGAAAAGCGUUUUCAGGAGGCCAUGGAGAUGCUAAAGAAGGAGCAUGAGGCUCUGACAGCCAGGGGCAUGGACACCGUGUCUAGGAGCUCCUUUGAGAUGUCCCCCCUUGCCCCAAAGACAGCACCGGACAGAAGGAGCCGGAGGAGGAAGAGGCAGUCCUCGGGGACUGACGAAGGCGGGGAGGACCGAUUCCCCAAGUCGGACUCCGACGAUGGUCCUCGGAGAACGGCCCUUCUGGGCGUCAACCACGCCCCCCUCAGGAGUUCCCUGAAGCGCAGGUCCAGCCAUGGCAGCGUCUUCACCUUCCGGCGGAGGGAUCUGGGCUCCGAGACGGACUUCGCCGACGACGAGAUCAGCACGCCGGGGGAGAGCGAGAGCCACCGGGCGUCCCUGCUGGUGCCCUGGCCCGCCCGGCGCCCCAGCGGCCAGAGCCAGCCCAGCCCGGGAGUCCCCGGCGUCCCCAGCCUCCUGCACAACGGCAAGAGGAACAGCGCCGUGGACUGCAACGGCGUCGUGUCCCUCCUGGCCUCCAGGGUGCCCGAGGCCGCGUCCCCGGGGGGCAGCCUGCUCUCCUCCGUGAUUCUGGAGAAGCCCCGCCCUCCUCCCGACACGACCUCGGUGUCAGAGGAAGUGAGCAAGAAGCAGCUGCUGAUGCCGCAGCGCCUGUCCCUGGAGUACUUCGAGGAGCCCCAUGAGCGGCAGCGGGCACUGAGCGCUGUCAGCGUCAUCACCAGCGCCCUGGAAGAGCUGGAGGAGUCGCACCGCAAGUGUCCGCCCUGCUGGCACCGCUUCGCACAGAACUACCUGAUCUGGGAGUGCUGCCCGCUGUGGCUGUCCGUCAAGCAGCGCGUCAAGUUCGUGGUCAUGGACCCGUUCACGGACCUCACCAUCACCAUCUGCAUCGUCCUCAACACCCUGUUCAUGGCGCUCGAGCACUACAACAUGACGCCCGACUUCGAGGACAUGCUGCAGGUUGGCAACCUGGUGUUCACAGGCAUCUUCACGGCAGAAAUGACCUUCAAGAUCAUCGCCCUGGACCCCUACUACUACUUCCAGCAGGGCUGGAACAUCUUCGACAGCAUCAUCGUCAUCCUGAGCCUCAUGGAGCUGGGCCUGUCCCGUAUGGGCAACCUGUCGGUGCUGCGCUCCUUCCGCCUGCUGCGGGUCUUCAAGCUGGCCAAGUCGUGGCCGACCCUCAACACCCUCAUCAAGAUCAUCGGCAACUCGGUGGGCGCGCUGGGCAACCUGACGCUGGUGCUGGCCAUCAUCGUCUUCAUCUUCGCCGUGGUGGGCAUGCAGCUGUUCGGCAAGAACUACUCGGAGCUGCGGCACUGCAUCAGCGACUCGGGCCUGCUGCCGCGCUGGCACAUGAUGGACUUCUUCCACGCCUUCCUCAUCAUCUUCCGCAUCCUGUGCGGGGAGUGGAUCGAGACCAUGUGGGACUGCAUGGAGGUGUCGGGCCAGUCACUGUGCCUGCUCGUCUUCCUGCUCGUCAUGGUCAUCGGCAACCUGGUGGUCCUGAAUCUGUUCCUGGCCUUGCUGCUCAGUUCCUUCAGUGCGGACAACCUGACGGCGCCGGACGAGGACGGGGAGAUGAACAACCUCCAGCUGGCCCUGGCCCGGAUUCAGAGGGGCCUCCGCUUUGUCAAGCGCACCACCUGGGACUUCUGUUGCAGCCUGCUCCGACAGAAGAAGGCUGCCCCCCCGGCUCCCAGAGGCCUGCCCAGCUGCAUGGCGGGCCACGGCUCCCCCGAGCCAGAGAAGGGGCCUGACACCACCCGCAAGGAGACGAGGUUCGACGAGAAGAAGCCAGGAGCCCCCGAGGGAGCCGGCAGAGAAGCGGGCAACAUCCCGGGGGACCCGGAGUCCUCCGUGCAUGUGCCCAUCGCCGUGGCUGAGUCCGACAUUGAGGACCACGAGGAGGAGGAGGACAACAGCCUGGGCACUGAGAUGGAGUCCAGCAAACAGAGAGCCGACGACGACACCUAUUCGGAGGGCAGCACGGCCGACAUGACCAACACGGCGGACCUGCUGGAGAAGAUCGCCGACCUGGGGGAGGACGUGAAGGACCCCGAGGACUGCUUCACGGAGGGCUGUGUCCGGCGCUGUCCCUGCUGCACGGUGGACACCACGCAGGCGCCUGGCAAGGUCUGGUGGCGGCUCCGUAAGACCUGCUACCGCAUCGUGGAGCACAGCUGGUUCGAGACGUUCAUCAUCUUCAUGAUCCUGCUGAGCAGCGGCGCCCUGGCCUUUGAGGACAUCUAUCUGGAGGAGCGCAGGACCAUCAAGGUCCUCCUGGAGUACGCCGACAAGAUGUUCACCUACAUCUUCGUCCUCGAGAUGCUGCUCAAGUGGGUGGCCUACGGCUUCAAGAAGUACUUCACCAACGCCUGGUGCUGGCUGGACUUCCUCAUCGUGGACGUCUCUCUCAUAAGCCUUGUGGCAAAUACACUUGGCUUUGCGGAAAUGGGUCCCAUUAAGUCACUGCGGACGCUCCGUGCUCUGCGGCCCCUGAGAGCCCUGUCACGGUUCGAAGGCAUGAGGGUUGUGGUUAAUGCCCUGGUUGGUGCCAUCCCUUCCAUCAUGAACGUCCUGCUCGUCUGCCUCAUCUUCUGGCUCAUCUUCAGCAUCAUGGGGGUGAACCUCUUUGCUGGGAAGUUUGGGAGGUGUAUUAACCAGACCGAGGGAGACUUGCCCUUGAACUACACCUUUGUGAACAACAAAAGCGAGUGUGAACUGUACAACAUCACUGGGGAACUGUACUGGAUCAAAGUGAAAGUCAACUUUGACAACGUUGGAGCCGGUUACUUGGCCUUGCUGCAAGUGGCCACCUUUAAGGGCUGGAUGGACAUCAUGUAUGCCGCCGUGGACUCCAGAGGGUGUGAAGAACAGCCUCAGUGGGAGUACAACCUGUACAUGUACCUCUACUUUGUCAUCUUCAUCAUCUUUGGGUCUUUCUUCACCCUGAACCUCUUUAUCGGUGUCAUCAUUGACAACUUCAACCAACAAAAGAAAAAGAUACGGGGGCAAGACAUCUUCAUGACAGAGGAACAGAAGAAGUAUUACAACGCAAUGAAAAAGCUUGGGUCCAAGAAGCCUCAGAAGCCAAUUCCUCGGCCCCUGAACAAAUACCAAGGCUUCAUCUUUGACAUCGUCACCAAGCAGGCCUUCGAUGUCACCAUCAUGUUCCUCAUUUGCCUGAACAUGGUGACCAUGAUGGUGGAAACGGAUGACCAGAGCCCAGAGAAGAUCAGUAUCCUGGCCAAGAUCAACCUGCUCUUCGUGGGCAUCUUCACGGGCGAGUGUGUCAUCAAGGUGAUCGCCCUGCGCCACUACUACUUUACCAACAGCUGGAACAUCUUCGACUUUGUGGUCGUGAUCCUCUCCAUCGUGGGAACCGUGCUCUCGGACAUCAUCCAGAAGUACUUUUUCUCCCCAACGCUCUUCAGAGUCAUCCGUCUGGCCCGGAUCGGCCGCAUCCUGCGGCUGAUCCGAGGAGCCAAGGGGAUUCGAACACUGCUCUUUGCCCUCAUGAUGUCCCUCCCUGCCCUCUUCAACAUCGGCCUGCUGCUCUUCCUGGUCAUGUUCAUCUACUCCAUCUUCGGCAUGGCCAACUUCGCCUACGUGAAGUGGGAGGCCGGGAUCGAUGACAUGUUCAACUUCCAGACCUUUGCCAACAGCAUGCUCUGCCUCUUCCAGAUCACCACCUCUGCCGGCUGGGACGGGCUCCUCAGUCCCAUCCUCAACACGGGGCCCCCCUACUGUGACCCCAACCUGCCCAACACCAACAACUCCCGGGGGAACUGCGGCAGCCCGGCAGUGGGCAUCCUCUUCUUCGUCACCUACAUCAUCAUUUCCUUCCUGAUCGUGGUCAACAUGUACAUCGCCAUCAUCCUGGAGAACUUCAGCGUGGCCACGGAGGAGAGCACGGAGCCCCUGAGUGAGGACGACUUCGACAUGUUCUACGAGAUCUGGGAGAAGUUCGACCCGGAGGCCACUCAGUUCAUCGAGUACUCCGCCCUGUCCGACUUUGCCGACGCCUUGUCCGACCCUCUGCGCAUCGCCAAGCCCAACCAGAUCAGCCUCAUCAACAUGGACCUGCCCAUGGUCAGCGGGGACCGGAUCCAUUGCAUGGACAUCCUGUUCGCCUUCACCAAGCGGGUCCUGGGCGAGUCCGGAGAGAUGGACGCCCUGAAGAUCCAGAUGGAGGAGAAGUUCAUGGCGGCCAACCCGUCCAAGAUCUCCUACGAGCCCAUCACCACCACGCUGCGGCGCAAGCACGAGGAGGUGUCGGCCACGGUGAUCCAGCGGGCCUUCCGCAGGCACCUGCUGCAGCGCUCCGUGAAGCACGCCUCCUUCCUGUACCGCCAGCAGACCAGCGACGGGACCCUGUCGGGGGACGAUGCCCCCGAGCGCGAGGGCCUGCUCGCCUACACGAUGAGCGCGCACUACUCGCGGCCCUCCGGCCCCUCCAACUCUGUCUCCUCCACGUCCCUGCCGCCGUCCUACGACAGCGUCACCAGAGCCACCAGCGACAACAUCCAGGCCCGAAUGUCCGAGGACAGCCGCAGCGACGACUUUGUGGACGAGCCCACGUCCCCCGACAGGGACCGGGAGUCCGUGGUGUGAGGCCGCCAGCCCCGCCGCCUGCUGCUGCCCUGGAACAGAACCCUCCCGCCGCCUCGGGGCAGCAGCCCCAGGCAGAGCCCGUGGUCACUGGCCUCAGGCGGCUCGCCCCGCCCCGCCCCGCCCCGGGGCACUCUGGGUCAGGAGGAAGGUCUCAGGACUGCAGCUCUGGCGCGGAGGGCUUCUCCUGGAGACCCUGUGAGCCGGCUUGGACUCCUUUGUUAUAGUGAUAUUUUUGUACUUCCUCCCCACCCGGAAGCCACGCCCCCAGCCUUCCCUCCCAGGGUUCGAGCUCCUACCUGCUGAGGUGCCAGACUGGGAGGCUGAGCCAGGCUCUCCCCGAGAGACUCCGGGCACCCCCGGGCCGCCCCGCCGAGGGCUCCGGAGCUCCACGGCCACUGGCUCGCCUGGCAGAAUAGCAGACAUGCGCCCGGGGCGGCACCCAUAUCAUGGCCCAGGCAGGGAGGCCCUCCGCCGAGCUGGGCUCUUCUUCCCAUCCCCGAGGGGUCGGGUCCGAGGUCUGCCCCGGCCGGCUUCCCUGUGUGCGGCUCAGCGGAGCCUUGACCGUCCGUCGGGGAGCCGCUCCCCUGGCCGGGCCUCAGUCUCCUCAUCCCUAGAAUGGGGGGCCGGAGGAGACCCUUCAGAAUGCUUUGGAAGCGCCCAGAUUCCUUUGUCACCGCAGGGCAAAGGACGCCCUCAGAAAGGGGUGGGUCUCGCCCUGGGAAGCCCCUCCUCUGCAGGCCUCUCCCACAAGAGUAUUACAGCGAAGCAAACCAAAACACGAAGAAGAGCUGGCCCAGGUGCUGGGCCCAGGCAGGGCUGCCGCGAGGGAGGGGAGAGGAGGGAGGGCAGCUCCCACGUCCCCCUCCCCCCAGGAAUCCUCUCUCGAGGACGGGGAGCCCUGGAGGGCCAAAGCCAAGGCGGCGUCAGGGAGGAGGCAGCCAGGCUCCUGCUGGGCCCCAAAGCUUUGGGUGGAAGGAGAGGGGCACCAGGGGCUCCGGACUCCCCGUUAGCUUGCCCCCGGCAUGGAUGUUUGGGGCACUGACCCCCGGAGCCCCCCAGGGAGGCCUUGAAGGCCCCAACAGGACCCCGGCGACCACAACGGAUUUCAGAGGGGCACCUCCGGCCAGGUUAGGGGGCUCCUUGGGCCUGGGCCAGGCUCGCCCCCUCUUUUCCCACCCCUUUGGGCUUCCAGCCUGGCCGCCCAGGAGGUCUGUCCAGGGAAUGGGUGCCUGCUGGGAAAAGGAGCCAUUUGCUCUCCACAGGGGAAACAGAGGCACGGAGAGACCCGGCCCCAGUGAGACUUUUCAGGGAAAACCAAAAGCUUUUUCUAGUCCUCGAGACCCAGCACUCCUGAGCAGGCAGAUGUAAGACCCUCCCCUCUGUGCACCCCGGGUGUUCCAGACACACUCACACACGCACACGUACACACUCACGCACACACACAAAUAGAGACGAGUGACCUGGGCCAGGAACACACGGACGGGGCUUCAACACCUCCUCUGUGCCGCCAAGGAGACGGGGCCCAAGCCCAUGGUCUGGCCGCUGGGUUAGCGGGUGCACUUGGGCAAGUCACUUACUCUCUCUGUGCCUCAGUUGGACCCACAUGAAAAAUGGGUUUCAUGAUACCUACCUCUCACAGGUGUUGACAGAGCGAAUGUCUGCAGAGCUUUGGGUGAGCUCCCACGAAGGCACGGCAGGAGUGUCAAGUAUUAUUCCUCCAGAUGUUUCCGUGGCCCCCGAGCCCCCCUGCACCCCCCUCGGCCCCCGGCCCCCCCCCUUCUCCUUCUGAGUCUAGAAGGAAGCCAGAUCUCUCCGGGAGCGGCUCCCACCACGUUUCCAAGGGAAAACCUUAUUUUUGUAUCCGCGGGUUUUACUCUUCUAGAUUCCCCGACGCCAGGACAGCCCCGGCGGGCAGCUGACCAUGCGCCAGGCCCCGGCCUCCGCUUAGCGCUUCUCCGGCACUUUCGUUUCAGAAUUGCACAGCGAAUGGCGAGGGGGGAGGAGGGGGAGGGGCAGGGCCGGACCGAAGCUGGACGAUGUCUGAACUGGACAAGCAUUUUGGCACUGAGCUUCUUGUAAAGAGAAAGAGAAUAAAAUGCAUAUUUUUAAAACAAACCAAUAAACAGCUGCCGUGAUCCAA